GACCUCAGGGACGAGAACAGCUCGAAGGCCACCGAGCCCCGAGUGGACUACACGCGCCACAUGAUGGUGACAGACGACUUCACUUCUAAGGCUGCGCCCGCAACUUGCACGGAUGAUGCGCUGACUCCGUCAGGGCGUUGCAACAGCUUCGCAGCCUUGGGAAAUGCUAUGUUGCCGUGGCAGACGGGCAUCUCCCAGGAGGACACCGUGCGUGCGCUUCACGAGGACGGCGUUGAGGCGCUAGUCUUCCGACUAGUUGAAAGCCACUCGGCCAGCGCGGAACUUCUACUCCUGGCCGUCCCAGAGGCUCUUGAGGCACACGGGCAGCUGAUAGACUGCCUCGCAGCUGCCAUCAUUGCGGCCAUAGGAGCUAUGUUGCCGGGGAUGCCAAGGCUAGAGAUGGUGGUCAGCCUUGGAAAUGAAGCUGUGUCACAACGGAGAUCGUAUUCGUGGAGCCCUCCUUAUGGUCGCCGAGAGGAUGUUCCCCCACCUGUGUUCAGCUUCUGCAGUGAUCGGAAGAGCUUUUGGGAUAUACCGUUGCCAAGCUCCCUCUGCUACCGCUUCCGACCACGCUGCAAGGGCAAGGACUCCGGAGAUGCUACCAGCGGCCGGCUUACGUACACGAAGCAAGAAGAAGAGUGCUACGUCUUCAGACUGCUGACGUCUUAUGGAGAACUCCUUCGCUACAGGCCUAUGGGCCGCGCUAUGGAGGAAGAGGCAGUAACCAUGGAUGAUCUCGUUCUGAAUUCUGGAGUUGUGGUCCUGAAAUCGUGGUCGGUGCAGUCCACUCCGAUGGCCGAAGAGAUGACGUCGCGAUGUGAUCUGCUCAUGGCAAGGGCAGCUGCCUGA